GUUGGCCUUUCACGCUUCCCUGCAUAAUCCAAAAUGAUCUUGGAAUUUUGUGAACCGGAUGGACUAAACUAGUACCUAAAAUACAAAACUUAUUUUUACAGUUUCUAGAUAUAUAUGUUAAAUACAUAACAUAUAUUUAAUUUAAAACUAUUAAAUUCAAAGUUAACUCAUCCAAAUCGGGCCGUGAAUUGCACUCGCGAACAAAUGCAAUCUUGUGGUGCAGUUUGUGCAGCUUGAAAAGUUAAAUUGCUUUGCAAAUGUUUGUACUUUAUUUUUUCUUAUCUAUAUUAUAUGUUUUGAAAGAUUCAGUGUCCCACUUUUGACUUGAGGCCUCAAACGCUUCAAUCAGAUCGAAUUCGAUUUAGAUGCGUAUUUAGGGCUCUCUGACUUUCGGACCGCCUUGGACUGCCGUCUUCCUCACGGAGUCUUCGCUACCUUUUACUCAAUCCAACCAAAUAUUAUAAAUUUCAGCACCCUGGGUUGUUCCGGGUACGCCUGGAAUACUCACAAAUCUCUGGUUUUUUCUGCUUCUGGGUGUUGAAAUCUGAAAUGGGUAACGCGGCUGCAUCAUCCAGAACAGGGCGCCAGGUGAAAGUGAUGAAAUUGGAUGGCGAAGUUCUGAAAUUUAAGACCCACAUAACGGUGGAUCAGCUUCUGCAAGACUACCCAAAUCAUGUUAUAUUGCUCUCUGAUGCUGUUCGUCAUGUGGGCGUUCGAGCCAGGCCUCUGGAGGGAUCCACACAGCUUAUGACCAAACAGCUCUAUUUUCUGCUUGAGAUGCCCAAAAUUGAGGCUUUUCGUGGCCCUGGGAGGAACAUGAGCGCCCAGUCGAGACUUGAAGCCAUGCUUUUAGCUCGGAGGUCCAGCUCUGAUAUCACUGGGCUUACUGCUAGUUCUUCUCCUUGUGCAGUUUCUGGGAAUUCGUCCCCCAUGAGAGGGGAAGAUGGGUCCAUUAGGGUUAAAGUCAGGUUGAGCAAAGCCCAACUGGCUCGAAUGACUCUGGAAGGCGUGAACAGUUCCGAAACUGCUGCAAAGAUUCUGGACCUCUGCCUUAACAAUGGAGAGCCCAAAAAUAUUGAGUCUUGUAGCCCGAAUUUGAUUCAAAAUCAGGGCUUUGAAACGCCCCGCCGUUCCUGCACGAAAACUGUGAAAAACCGGGUGAGAUUUCAUUCUGAUGUCCCAAAGGCGGAAGUUUACUGAAGGAUGAGAAUCUGAGAGAGCCGAAAUAUUGUGCAAUUAUACUGCUGCCAUUAUAGAGAUCUUAGUUUGGAGGAAUUGCCUGUGCAACUGAAUUUUGUAUAGUCUGCUUGUAUAUGGCUGCUUUAGAUAUUUUUUACAGUUUAGUUAUACGCCUGGUUUAUUCGGAUGUCUGCGGUUGUAAAGGAGUCAUGUUGAUGGAUUGAAUAUGAUAAUAUUAAUUUUUUAUUUGAUAAGA